AUGCAAGACUUUAUUUAUGCCCUUUUUGACUUUGCCGAAACCAACAAUUCCAACACUACUUUGUCUGAUGCUGCUUUACGUUCGCUCGUUUCUCUAGGCGUUAAAAAGCCUAAAAUGUUUAUAAAUGCUGUACAUACAUUUUUGCUUGAUAAUGGAAAAAAGAUGAAUGAAAAAGACAAAGCUUUUGCUUUCCGUUGUUUAACAAACGUUUUUAAUCAAGUGGACGUUGUUGAUGUUUGUGAUGAACAACAAAUUUUAUUAAUUGCUAAUCUUAGCACACAGGAAAUGAGUAUGGCUAAGGAUGUUGAAAAUGGACUUGCACAUGCAGCAAAAGACGUUUUUGUUUCUUUGGUUGGAAAAUCUGACAAAUUUGUUAAUCACGUCGUUGACUCUCUUUUACACAAAUUCCAACCUGGUUCAACUUCACCUCCUCACAGAUUUAUUAUUUUGACAUUAUCAGAAAUUGCACAAAAAAAUCGUUUCAUUCUCGCACGGACAGAUGCUCUUUUACCUCACUUAAAAAAUGACCAAAUCAAAAGUGCUUUUUGUCAGGCUCUCUGUUCUUUUGCGGAAUCUGUGAAAGAAUUUAUUUGGACACAAAAACGACAAAAUAAUGAAAUGGAAAUUAAAUCUGACGAGUGUGUGGCAGUCGAUGAAAGCGAAAUUAGUGAAAGUUAUGCUGACCAGUUUGAAACGGCUUAUGAUGUUAUAAUUAAUUGGACAACUUCUUCAAAGGACCAUAAAUGUCGUGCUGAUGCUGCCGAAUGUAUAGGAAAGCUUUGUUUAAUGAUUGAUCGUGAACGAAUAUUAAAAGAUUUGAAACGUUUGGACACAAUAUUUCGUUCAUUACACAAAAAGGCUUUAAAUCCUGAAGAGCAGUUAGCUAUUACAAUGGGUAUUUCUAAUUUCCUGCAAGCUUCCUGUAUUGAAGAAAGCAUUCCAAUUGAACACUACAUUAAUGACUUGUUUGAAAUGCUUUUUCCACAUGUUUGCCUUCCUGCUGAUCAAAUUGUUGAUGAUCCCUCUUUGCCUAAUUUAUUACAAAUAAAACUUCGAAAUGAAGUUUUUCGUUGUUUUCAAGUUUCUAGUUGUAGGACUGCUGAUAAAGAGAUUUAUUUUUUGUUGCAUAAAAUGCAAAGUCAAAGCGAGAUUGUUAAACUGGGUGCUAUAAAUUUAUUUAGACAUCUUCUCAAUUCUGCUGGUUAAUAUUUUAUUUUUGUUUAAAUUUUUUAAGAGGUUGAGGCUUUCUUCCGACUCUUUUUCUGAAUUUUCC